AUGGCUUACGCUCAGUUUAACGAUUCUGCGACCCCAGGAAAGAAAGACAAGACAUAUCCGGAGAUUAGCCAGAGGGGUUUCUAUUCGGAGUAUAUUCUUACGGAUGCGAAUCAGUCGUUACCUACAACGGAGUUCCUGAGAGGUCCAUCAGUAGAGCAGGAGACUUCAUGGCAGGUUCAUACCACUCGCCAUACCCCCAAUAUCGGCUCGUUUACCGUGCCAGCACACCUACAGACUGAGUUAAAGAAACACGAGUAUGGGCCUACAACACAACGAAAAAUAAAAUCUCAUUUUCCCAGCGAGAGUAGCAAGCCAAAGGUUCAGCUGCCAUAUGUUACACAGCCUGGAAAAUGUCCCCGCAAGGUUGAGAUAGAGAGGCGAAAGAGAGAUUAUGCAAGGCAGGACAUCAAGAAACUUUUACUGUCACACAAUAUUAAGACGGAGCAAUUGAUACCCACACAAGUUGAACAAUUUGCGAAUAACUUGGAUGUUAACAAGGCUUCAUUCCCAGUAUUUUUAUCGCUGGAGAUCUUUGAUGACACAGCUGAAGGAAAGCAUGACUGGUGUGAUGUAGGAGUGCUAAGCUAUGAGACUGAAAAGAAGUUGUUCGUUGUUCAAAAAACAAAACCUAGAGAGCAAGUUAUUAACAAGGCUGCAACUAAAUGUCUGGUUCCCAGGAUUAGGCUCAUGUUUGCAGCAGAAGAUCCGUCUGUGUUUGCCCAGAGGGUUGCUCAUGCUGUCAAGGCCAGGCAGGAAACUGAAGCACUGUUGAGAUAUAAUCUUUACAUCGACUGCAUGCCUACAGACCGUGCGCUAAAGCUGAAUGAGGAGAUCACACACAGCAUAGUUUGCAGGGCUACUGGUGUUUUACAGCUGUCCAAAGAUACAAGCCUUGAGCCAUGUAUUGAAAGCCUUAAACAGGAGAUAAAUCUAGAUCACCAGCGAGCAAUGAACGAAAUCAGUUUUGACCACACCGUUCGAAGCAUGCCGAAGUUGUUUCCCUUUGUCACAUUGCCUCGCAAGACUAAACCAGCUGCUCCUCAAACAGGCUGUGUUGAGACGUCAGCCAGUUGUGCUGAGAUCAAAUGUAAGAAGCAAAACUUUAUCGUUAAAUCGCUGCUGCUGUCCGCCGAGGUCAUUGAAGCGUUGGGCAAGGUGAGAGCUGAGUGCAACAAGGUGAGGGCCAUGUCUCUCCUACACAGUCAACUCAGCAAGACUAUGCGGCUGGAAGAGUUUGAGCAGGCACAGAGCACGCAGACACUGCAGGUGUCGAUGUUCCUGCGGGAUCAAUGGGUGACAACUCUGAAGCACGCUGUCACUAAUAGCCUGCAGGAAGCAGGCAAGGGCUGGUACAAUCUACAGGAGACCAACUGGGAAGUGUACCUGAUGUCAAAAAUCUGCAAGUUCAUGGUGAUGGUGAAGUUCUGCAUGCAGGACACUCUCAGAUAUUUAGUUCAGGAUUCACUCCAUGGCUUAGUGCAGCAGGUACUUGAAACCUGCAGUCCUAUCUGGGAUUGUCAGAAAGGCAUGCAGUGGAGUGGGAGCGUCAUUAACAGCCCAUACAGAGCGAAGAGAAAUCCACUGUUCCUCAUUGAUCUCAUCCUAGACCAGACCGGAGUGCACUAUAGCACAAAUCCAAGCAGCUUUGAGACAGCAUUAAUCAGCCUGUUCAACAAGACCAUAGCCUUAACACAGCAAGUGCCUCAACUCGAUGUGUUUGUGAUGUCGGGCUUGUUUUGGAAUGGCACGCCGCUGCUGGAGAGCGUUGGGCAGAGGGAGGCUGAGGUGGAGAGAUUACGGGCAUCUAUACACGAUGCCAUGCAGAGGGCCUGUAUACCGAUGGUGGCGUAUGCCGAACAGUACAGCAAACACUUGGAGCUGAUGAACCUUGAUGUCAAUCAGUACAUUCAGUUAUAUGAUUCACAGCCACAUACUGCAGCAGAUGUUAAAAAAGACGUGGACAUGCACCUGGCAGAGAAGGAAGUACUAGAGAACACCAUCCCAGGGUACAGUGUGAUUGGACCAUUCUGGGUAAACUGUGAAACACUGAAACAGCAGCUCAUCAAGAAACGCAAGCUGUUAGCAAAUGCAUUGCUCGACCUGAUGGCCAAAAAGCUGCAUAGCAUGGCUGAUGAUAUAUGUGACGAGUUUAAAAAGAUCAGCAGACGUCUAUACGAUAAGCCGACGUCUGUGGAGGAUCUCUCAGAGAUUAGAGACUGGAUGAUAACUGUGCCAGAGUUACUGAAGGAACUGCAGGAGAAAAUAGAUCACACCGUGGCAGAUUAUGAAGUCCUGGAUGAAUUCUGCUACAGCCUCAACAAUGAGGACUUUGAUGCUAAGUGGGCUGCUGUUGCAUGGCCUUACAAGAUUAGCCAGCAGAUGGAGCUAGUUGUAAUGCAGCAUGAAGAAGAUGAAGAAAGAUUUCGCAAAGUGCAGCAGCAGGACCAGACCAACUUCAAUGACAGACUCGACACAUUACAAAUGGUCGUGGCCGGUCUUUCUGGCUUCACUGAUAUGUCCAAAGCACAUGAGGUAGCCAAUGAGGUGAGGAGGAUCCAGAAGCAGUUGAAGGAGUGUCAGGAACUAGCUGCAAUGUACAACACCAGAGAGAGGCUGUUUAAUGCACCUGUGACAAAUUAUGACAAGCUGGCACGCCUGAAUAAGGAGUUUGAGCCAUACAGGAAUCUGUGGAUGAGUGUGUCUGACUGGCUGCGCUGGAAUGACAGCUGGAUGAUGGACCCGCUCACCAGCAUAGAUGCAGAGAUUAUGGAGAAGCAAGUCAAUGACUGCUUCAAGAUCAUGCAUAAAUCUGCCAAGAUCUUUCAGGAAGUACCUGCCGUGCUUCAAGUUGCAGCCCAGACCAAACAAGCUAUCGAGCUGUUUAAGCCUUACAUUCCUCUGAUACAAGGGUUGCGAAACCCUGGCAUGCGGAUGCGCCACUGGGAGCAGUUGUCUGAAGCUCUGGGUUUCAAAAUUCUACCCAAGCCAACUCUGACCUUCAGUAAGUGCCUGGAGAUGGGAUUGCAGACGCACACUGCUGUCAUUGCCAAGGUUGGGGAGGUGGCUGGAAAAGAAUACUCAAUCGAACAGGCACUGGACAAGAUGGAAGCCGAGUGGGAACCAAUAGAGUUUGAGGUAUCGGCGUACAAGGAGACAGGCACCUACAUCCUGCACAGCUCUGAGGAGUCUUCUCAGCUGCUGGACGAUCACAUUGUUAUGACGCAGAGCAUGAGUUUCUCCCCGUACAAGAAGCCCUUCGAGGAGAGAAUUAUCGUGUGGGAGGAGAAGCUGAGAAAGACGCAGGACGUGACAGAUGAGUGGCUGGCGUGCCAGCGUUCGUGGCUCUACCUGGAACCCAUAUUUAGUUCCGAUGACAUCAAUCGACAACUGCCUGUUGAGAGCAAACGAUACCAGACGAUGGAGCGCAUGUGGAGGAAGGUGAUGAAGAUGGCCAGGGAUAACUCUCAGGUGAUAACUCUCUGUCCGAACGACUACCUGCUCGACAGUCUACGUGAAUCCAACAAGCUGCUGGAUCAGGUGCAAAAGGGACUCAGCGAAUACCUGGAGACGAAGAGGACAGCUUUCCCACGAUUCUACUUCCUCUCCGACGACGAGCUCCUUGAGAUAUUGUCACAGACAAAAGAUCCUAAGGCUGUGCAACCUCACCUGCGAAAGUGUUUCGAAAAUAUUGCCAAGCUAAGGUUCGAGGAUGACCUGAGGAUUAGUGUGAUGUACUCCGGCGAAGGAGAGGAGGUGCCCUUCUCUGAGAGCCUCUAUCCUACGGGCAACGUCGAGGACUGGCUGCUGGAGGUGGAGCGUGUCAUGAAGGAAUCACUACGCAGCAUCCUCGAGCGCUCCCUGAAUGUCUACGCAGAGGCAAGUAGCACGCACCCGCUUCCAUCCCCUCCUCCAUCACUUUCAUUUCGUUUCCAUUCGUAUUCUAAUCUGCAUUUUCUUCGCGUUGCUUCGUCGCUGCGCCUGCUCGACGUUGCUGCUACUGCUGCUGCUGCUGCUGUGCGUCCGUCUGUGCUCCGGCAGUUGGACGAUCUGCGGGAGCUGGUGCGUGGCGACCUCAGCCGCCUCGAGCGCAUGAUAUUGUCAGCGCUCAUCGUCAUCGAGGUGCAUGCGCGCGACGUGCUCGCCCGCAUGCUCACCGAACACGUGAACAGCAUCAACGACUUCGAGUGGAUCAGCCAGCUCAGGUACUACUGGACAAGUGAUAAUCUGUACGCACGUGCAGUCAACUCUGAGUUCCUAUACGGUUAUGAGUACCUGGGCAACACUGGCCGAUUGGUCAUCACUCCGCUUACUGACCGCUGCUACCUGACCUUGACGGGUGCCCUUCACCUUAUGUUUGGCGGUGCUCCUGCUGGCCCAGCUGGAACCGGAAAGACAGAGACAACCAAAGAUCUUGCAAAGGCCAUAGCUAUUCAGUGUGUAGUGUUCAAUUGCUCUGACCAGUUAGACUUCAUGGCUAUGGGAAAAUUCCUCAAAGGAUUGGCAAGGGUGUCAAUAAGGCUCUAUGCCAUUCUUUGUAUCAGUGACUUCAGGGCACUGUUUCGUCCCGUGGCUAUGAUGGUGCCAGACUAUGCACUCAUCGCUGAGAUCAGCCUGUUCUCCUUCGGCUUCUCCGAUGCGAAAGCUCUAGCCAAAAAGAUUACCAGCACGUUCAAGCUAUCAUCAGAGCAGUUAUCCUCGCAGGACCACUACGAUUUCGGCAUGAGAGCGGUGAAGACUGUCAUUUCUGCAGCCGGAAAUCUAAAGCGGGAAAAUCCACAAAUGGACGAGGAACUGAUUGUCUUGAGAGCCAUUAGGGACGUGAACGUGCCCAAGUUCCUACAGGAUGACCUGAAGCUGUUUAACGGCAUCGUUUCAGACCUAUUCCCGAAGAUCAAAGAAGAAGAUAUCGAUUAUGGCGACCUGAUGUCAUCUAUCCGCAGCAGCUGCGUCGAGCUUGGUCUCAAGGACGUGGAUGGUUUUGUGACAAAGUGCAUUCAGCUGUACGAGACGACGGUCGUGCGUCACGGAUUGAUGCUGGUCGGACCGACCGGAUCCGGGAAGACACGGGUGAGUGGCAUGUAG